GGAAGGGAGACGGGCAUUUCCCUCCUCCAACCGGAUGGCGGGAGUUGGGAGCGAGCGGCCAAUGAGAGGCCGGCUUCUGUGAGGGGGCGGGCGCGAGCGGAGCCGGCCUCAUGAGGGGCCCUUCCACACCGGGGCGGUGGGAGGGCGGCAUCCUCGGCUGAAUCGCCCUGGCCUCUUAUGUGGCGCAGCCGGAGCAGCCCGCCGCCCGGGCCUAGGCACCCGCAGAUUCUAUUUCUGUGCCACCAAGAGCCAGUCUGAUCUAAGUGCUAGAAAUUAGGACAUGAACUUGGAUUCCUAGAUUCCUCCAAUUUGCCUUUGUGGCUUCUGUUCUCUGCUCAACAGGAUUUGUAACGUGCUCUUGUGAAGGACUGGCUUGUUGUUGAGGCUCGGCAGGAAUGUUCCACCCACUGCAGUGGAGGCCUCCCUCCAGCAUUUAUUCCUAUUAUGCUAACCUGGCCCACUUCAUCAGCAACAAAGGGAAACUGGGUUUGUGGAGAAGUGACACAUCCUUGAAGGACAGGUACCAGUGGCUGCUUACCUGGCUACAGAAAGGCUCUGGGCGAUGUCCGAGGCAGAAGAGCCUCCUCUCCCUGCUGGCUAACCAGUGCAGUUAUGUGACUGGCCAGAGGGUCCAGCGUGCCCAGCAGAUUGGGCAGCUGUAUAGCAGCAUCUAUUCAGAGAAGACGCGCAAGAGCCUUUUCAGCUCCUUGUGGCGCAAGUUCCAAGGGCAUCAUGGUAAUGCCUGCAAGCUGAUGGCAGCCCUCACGGGAGUGUUCUUGUGGGAAGAGGAACGGAUCAAAGAAGAGGAGCUCAAAAGGUCAGCAGAAGAGAUGAAACGCUUGGAAGAGAUCACCAAGCUCAUCCAGGACAACGGAGGGGAGAACCCCGCACAGGAACCAAAGCCCCACGAUGCUGGCACUUGCGAUCCUGAGGAGCAGAGCUGGGAAGUCGUGAUGGAGAAGAAGCACUUCAAGCUGUGGAGGCGUCCAAUUGGAGGGACCCAUCUGUACCAGUACCGAGUCUUCGGGACAUACACGGAUGUGACUCCUAGGCAGUUUUUCAAUGUGCAGCUGGAUACAGAAUAUCGGAAGAAAUGGGACUCACUCGUCAUCAAACUGGAAGUGGUUGAGAGAGACCAGGACACCGGCUCAGAGGUUGUCCACUGGGCAACUCACUUCCCGUACCCGAUGUACUCGCGGGACUACGUGUAUGUUCGACGAUACAACGUGGACCAGGAGAACAAUCUGAUGAUUCUGGUGUCACGAGCGGUUGAGCACCCGAACAUCCCAGAAGAUCCUGAAUUUGUCCGUGUCCGAACCUACGAAUCUCAGAUGGUUAUCCACCCUCACAAUACGUUCGACGAGAAUGGCUUUGACUACAUGCUGACAUACAGUGACAACCCGCAGACGGUGUUUCCCCGGUACUGCGUCAGCUGGAUGGUCUCCAGCGGCAUGCCAGACUUCCUCGAAAAACUGCACAUGGCCGCCCUGAAGGCCAAGAACAUGGAGAUUGCAGUGAAGGACUACAUCUCUGCCAGGCCCCCGGAGUGCGGCGGUGGGAGCAGCGAGGGGAAGCCCAGCGUCCCCGGCCAGGAGCACAAGGGGGAAGGGACCUGCAGCCCCGUCCAGAUGGACUAUGCGUGACGGAGUGCGUGCCCUCCCCAGAGCAGCAGCCCGCCCCCUGCCUCUGUGGCUUUGGGGGGCCGCCCCGCAGCCUUGGCCCAGCCGGGUCCCUCCUUCCCUCCACAUGCCUUCCCUACCCCCACUGCGACUGCCCUCUCUGCUGCCAUCUUGGAUGAGGGUUGAAGAGCAGUUUUGUGUGGCCGUUUCUGUCCUGCUGGUCUUCUUUCCCGGUGGGGGUGGCUGGGGAAGUCUCUCCUGUUCGUGGGGGGAACCUCCCCCCCGUCUCUCGCACACGCACCCUUCGGAGGCGCUCAGUGUCCUCGGGCAGCCCUGCACAACCGCCGGCCGGCACAGCCUUCCGCCGUUGGUGCCCUCAUGGUCUGUGGGCUGGGCCAGCCCAACAGGCCCCUGCUCCUCUGCGCGUCCUCUCGGGGGCCAGGGGGCCUCCCCGGGCCCUGUGAGCAUCGCCCCUCCUGCUCCCCCUGUGCAGGGACAGCCCUGCUUCCCUCGUGCCUUCUCCCCCGCGUUGCUGAGCGCAGCCUCUCCCGCUGCUGAAACCGAGCGCCGAGCCCGGCGAGUGCUUCCUGGUGCCUCCGCUUGGUCAGGGCCACUGGCCUCUGCCGCUUGCUGUGUCUGCGAAGGAAGCUCCUUCCUUAACGGCACCAAGUGCUCUUCCUCCUCCUUCGGCUUGGUGACAUUCAGCUGCCACCGAGUUACCUUUUCAAAUUUGGCCGGCAUCCUUUGGCUUGCUGGUCAAACUGCAAGCAUCCAUCCAAGUGCUGCCUCGUUGUUCUCCAAAGGGAAAGCCGCUCUCCAUCCCGGUGGUGGGUGGAGGGAGCAGGAGCUGCCCGUGGGAGCUGCCCGUGCUGCAGCCCAGCUUGUGUUGUCGUGGGAGCCUCCUGCUGGCUGCCCACUUUCCUGCCACCGGUUUCCUGGCUGGCGUGGAGGAAACCUGGUUUCCCUCGGGAAACUCCCAUCUGUGAGUGCGUGGCAGAGGAGAACUUUUCUUUCAGUGGGAACGUGUAGGAGACCUUCCGUGUAGUAGGUACAGUGUAAACGCUGAAUCACUUACAGCCAGACUGUGUGAAUUUUGUGGCGCUGGAGCAUAGCGCAUGCACGCACAUAUCCUAGCAGUCCUCGGGUUUUAAAAGCCUAGCCUUUUGGUUUUCUUUCAUAAUCUAAGGAGUGGAUUUCAGCCAAGCGCUCUACCUUGGUGGGUUCCAGCCGGGUGGGGGCUGGCGGAAGACACAUUCCCACAUGCCUGCUGUUCCAGCACGCUGCCUUUCAGGGUGUCCCGUGUGAAGCAGAGGAGUGCGCCUUCGUCUCUUCCGAAAUGCAUGCACUCGUGUGUGCUGUGCACCACACCUGGAGUCCACCUCAGUAAAGGGGCCGCACCCACGCUGUGUGCACCUUGACAAAGAUGCUCUGCUUGCCACACUGUCCUCCAGCGGUGCAGAGCAGAACGAUCCGUGAGAGUUGUUAUUGUGUGUAAAUAACUCUGGGGAACCAUUUGUGCCAGUGGAAAUACUGGGUGCUCCUGCCACCCGCUUUCAUUCUGUGUGUCACGUUUUUAAAGUUCCACAUGGGGCAAAAAAUGUGAGAUUUCCAAGCUGAGUUGAGUGAACCCAGAAAGCUGCUCUUCUCAGCCUGGUCACCAUGAGUCACGGGGGUGUGCAUAUAUGGGGAGGGGAGGGGAGGGUGGAAUUGUGCAUGGCAAACUCUUCAGUCUCACUGCGUGGCUGGCAGGGUUUCUUAGCCUAGCUACUCUGGACUUCCUUGUGCUUUUACUUAAAGCUAGUGUUUUUAUUAAAGCCAGAACAACAAUAAAUGUAACUGAUUGGUA